UCAUACGUAGUUCAAGCUUCAUAAUAGUUUUUAAAAACUUCGAAAAUAUAAUUUUCCAUUAAAAUGUACGUGAAAUUUUUGUUUCUUUCGGUAAUACAUAGUAUUAUAUUGACCGAAGGUAUGGGGAUGUUAGGCCGACUAUUCAAUAGUCUAAUACGAACCAAUGGAUACAACAGAUUUGACUAUACAAAGUUUGAAUACAAGUUUCAAGUUCAAUGCGACCACGAGGAAUUAAACGGCGAUUUACUCAAUCAGAUGAACGAGUUCAAAACAUUAGAAACGACAUCGGUGGUCAUCGAACCACAUGAGGUACAUCUACUGAUGACCGACUGCAAGACCGACGAAAAUUGUAUCCGAAACCGGUCGGUUGUGCUCGACAAGAGCAGGGUUAAAGUUCAAAUGAUUCAAUGUGUUAACGGCUUGAUCGUCGGCCACAUGAUCGACCAGAUCAGUGACGUAGCGAAGAAGGAAGGGCCCCCGUAUCCCGUUUUAAUCGAACUGAUGAAACUAUACCGAAUUAUAUUGGCUCGCAUGCUGUCGAUCAUCUAUUCGUUUAAGCUUAUGGUGUACGAUUGGCAAAUGAUGGUCUACAUCAACAUUUUGACCGCACUCCAACACAACCACAAUCACAUAACACAAUACAUUGUGCCCAUCAUUACGGCCGUCGACAGCGUUACUCUGCACACGAAUUUCUGUCGUGAGCACGGCUAUUUGGAUAUUGACAGCAUAAAAAAUCUAAACAUGGACGAAAUCAUGAUCAAGUUCUACCAGAACGACAAGUUAUACUGCGGUUACGUUGCUGCUGACCUGAUGACCGUGCAAAACUUCAGGCUAGAAAGUUUACAUCAACGGUACUCCGUUAUUCUCGGAGAGUCGGAGAGUUACAGAUUCAAAUGGAGGCGGACUAUGGAUACUUACUAUAAAGGGAUAGUAUCUAUAAUUAGUCUGAGGAAUCAAGGCCGGUGGUCAUUGCAACCGUACGACACUUGGCCAGCCUACAACGUGGUGAUGACUAUGGUUUACUCGAAAGUUUUGUACCACACUUGGAUACAGUUAUCGGUGUAUCGGUCCAACAUGACUUCCGAGGAACACAUUUCGGAGGAUAGACAGCGAACGUUAAGAGAGUACUUGAACUUGCUUGUGGAGCCCUUGAAGGAAGCCAUACGCAUUUUUGACAUAGUCGACAACGCCAUUUGGCCCGUCUACCGGUUAUUGCGCAGAAACGACGAAAUUAUCGAUCCUGAACAGCUGGAAACAGCACUGUACGUGGUCAGAGGAGUUCUCGAGAAGUCACUCAGAUUGAUGAAAACAGACGGCGUUAGCCGAACAUUAACUAAAAAAUACACAAAUAUUGAAAUAUUAGACGAGACAGAUUUGGACACGAAUAAAAAUAAUAUCGAGGAACUCAAAACGUACAUAAAAAAUAUGAAAGCUUCUUUUCCGCCAAACCAUAUAAUAUUUUUCAUACGAUUCUUUAUAAAAUCGUUCAACAACAAAAGCUUUUGGAUCGAUGGCAAAUGGACGAAUUACUACGAAUAAACCAAUCAUGUAAUUAAAAUGUGUUUGCUUAUACAAUUUAAUCAGUUACACAUUGAUACCCGUUUAAUCUA